AUGAAUAAUAAUGACCCGGAUGAGUCCGACGAAUCGGAGUGUUCAUUGGAGUCGAGUGCGGCAGGAUGUUCAAUGAACGUAGAGGAGAACGUGGAUAUGACAGGAACCAAUACUGAUAAAAGACCGUACAAAAGAAAUCGAGAGGGGGAUAAAGAAGAAAUGUGGACGACUGUGGGAAGGAAAGGUAAACGUUUUGCUCGAGCCGAAGCAGGCGAACCAAUACCAGAGGACAGAUACGAAAUAUGCAUGACAGGGUCUGAACAACUUCCAAAACAGUUCAAAUUGGCAAAAUUAUUGCAAACUGCGAAGAUUCAGCAUGUGACUCGGAUCAAAUAUAUAAACUCAUACAAAGUUCUAAUACAAUUUAAUAAUGAGGACAGUGCAGAGGAGUUUAUUAACUCAAAAACAUUUCAAGAAAUGGGAUAUAAGAUGUAUAAAACUAUGGAAAUGACACACACAUAUGGAGUAAUAAAAGACAUAGAUUUGGAGUAUACGGAUGAAGAAAUUUUAGAAAGUCUUAGUUGUAACAUUCAAAUACUUGGAAUAAAAAGUUUAAAACGCAGAAAUAGAUCUGAUGGAAAAUGGGAAAUUUGCGAAAAAAUGAGAAUAUGUUUCAAAGGAUCCAGUUUACCGCCUCACGUUAAAAUUUUUGAUACCAUAGCAGAAGUGUCCCCAUACAUGUAUCCUGUGACACAGUGCUCACGUUGCUGGAGAUUCGGCCAUUCUACCAAAAUCUGUCCUUCUUAUAAAAUCGUUUGCCCAAAAUGUGGAGAUAACCAUCCAAACUGUACGAAAACCACAUUCAAAUGUAACAAUUGCGGAGGAAAACACAUGGCCAUGGCCAGAAUUUGUCCAAUACGGUGUAAAGAGAAACGGAUCCGAGAACUGAUGAUUGAGUUUGGUGUUUCAUAUAAAAAAGCGAUCACUUUAUAUGUUCCUCCAAGUCCCCCACCAAAACCGGAGCCUGUAUUUACUGAAGAAGACUUUCCGAAGCCUAACAAAGAAUAUCAAGAUGAAUCAGGUCAAUCCGACCCUUCUGCGGGAAAAAAAUCUUAUGCUGAAGCAACCAAGAAAACAGGUUCAAAGGAAAAAAAGAAGAAGAAAAAAGAACAAAGAAGUGUUUUUGAAGACAUUAACUGGGGUGAAGAGUCUGAGACAAGUGAAAGAAUGGAAACAAGUGAACAGGAAGAGGAACAUUCUAAUCAAGAGGAAACAACCGAGAAGAAAGAAGAUACUACUUGGAAAGCAUUGCUCAAAAAAUUGAAAGAGAAAAUUCUUGAAAGAAAUCUGACAUGGGAGGAAAAAAUAAAAACUUGCUGGAAGAUUUUAUACAGUGGGAUUGUAUCUAUGGUUGUAAAAUAUCUCGCAGAUUGGCCGGGUUUUAAGCUCUUCAACCUUAAUGGCCCCUAG